AUCGUUGGUGAUUAACUGCCGACUUGCAUUGCCGCAAUGGCUUCUGCUGUAGCAUCCGUAAUGAAGAUAAAAAAGAUGAUCGUCUUCUUUAGUGCUAUUUUAUUUUUAAGUGUCAGAGCUUUUCAAAAAGAUGAACAUUCAGAAGAGCUGUUCAUCAAACCAUUAUCCAAAGGAUACGUUUAUUCACAUUUUCAAUUUACAACGAAAUGGAAUGCUUCAAUCCAAGAUCCAAAAACAUUUAGCCAUUAUCACCUUUUCCCCAAAUCUCUUGGAGAAGUGUUGAUGCGAUACGGUGUACAAGAAUUACAUUUGUCACAGACUCAAGGACUGUGGCGCCACAAACUUUGGGGCUACCCUGUCCAUGAUGCACCACCUGGAGCUGCAUUGUGGGUUUGGUUUAAACCAACUGUCAAAGAUGUUGAUGCUGCGUGGACUGACUUAGUGAAUGCUGUUUCUGGACUGUUUUGUUCAUCUCUGAACUUCCUGGACUCUAAGAUUACAAUUACUCCAAGUUGGAGUUUUCGACCUCAUGGCAUUGCUCCAAAGAGUGCUUCUUUUUUCUCACAUUCUGUCAGAUACGGCAAUCUUCCCAAUGAAAUUGUUUGCACAGAAAAUCUGACUCCAUGGAAAAAAUUGCUGCCCUGUGAUUCUAAGGCAGGAUUAUCUACCCUUUUCAAUGCAUUCCAUUUUCAUGAUUCUAAUUACCAUUCACUUGGACUAGAUGUUCGUCCCAUUUGUGCUAAUGCUGCAUGUACAGAGGAAGCUCUAGAACUUAGUCAAAGUCUCAGUGUAGUGAAAGAUGUUGUAAGCGUCAGUCCUUUGGGAUCCCCUAACUGGUCAUUAAAAAGUCUGUUUGGUAAUCACCUAGUCUCCAGCUGCCCUAUUGCAUCAAAGAGUUCAAUAAUGAUAGAAGUCACCAAUAAUGAGAAUGAGUCGUUGUACAGUCUAACACCCAGUCCCAGUGCUACACACUCAGUGAAAAGAGGACCAAAUGAGCACACAUACGCUGUGUAUGAUACAAAUCUAAUAACCAGGGCAGGCAGAGCUUUGAAUAUUGCUUUCACAUAUAGUGAUCCGCAGAAGAUGAUAAAGAUUAGUCCUCCCUCUCUUUAUGCCCAUAGAUUUAUUACAGGUUAUGGUUUAGAAAAUGGUGGCAUUUCCUGUCAAAUCUACAAUCAGCUGUCCACCAACUUAACUAUUCUCUACUUUGAUACACUACCUUGGUUUACAAGGGUGAAGUUUAAUUCUCUCCAAGUACUUAACAAUGGUAGAGCUGUUCCGUAUAAAGUUCACUACACGCCUGCAAAGGAUAGAUCAAGACCACACCACUUGGAGCUGUCUUUUGUUCUGUGGGCUAAUUCUGUCACAGAAUUACAUUGGACAUUCUCUCGAGCCUACCUCAAGUGGACUGAGUAUCCACCAGAUGCCAACCAUGGUUUUCAUAUAGGCUCAGCAGUCAUUACUGCCAUGAUUCCCUCCACGCUGGAGUACACAAUGCCAUCACAGUUCUCCUCACAGCUGGAUUCUAUAUUGUUCCAAUCUGAAGAGAACAGUACAAAGUUCCCUCUGCGAAUUCACACUGAGAGCCUGCUAGUACAGUUACCUACGCCAGAUUUCUCAAUGCCUUAUAAUGUCAUUUGUUUGACUUGUACUGUUGUUGCUAUAGCAUUUGGCAGCAUCCAUAAUCUUACAACUCGAAGAUUCACACAGUUGGAUCCUACCUCAAAGAAAGGGCUUGUGAAUAAAAUCAAAUCCUUUUUUAUGAGAUCUAAGUCAAAAACAGUAGCUGAAGACAGGGAUCAAGGAAAAGUAAGAGAGACAACUCCAACUAACAAAAUUACAUAACUUGAAAUGUUCUCUUAUUUUUAUAAAUUUUAAAAAAUAAAGAACAAAUUUGCUUAAAAUAUUAACUGCAGUUUAUAUAAAUAUAUUUUUUUUCCCCCUGAUAUUUACUGUAUGAAAAUUGUCUUAGUUAUAUUUUUUACAUGAACCUGCAAUUUUGAGACAUUUAAUAGUUUGUGUUGUGCUUGUGAACAGGCAACCAUUCCAUAUUAGCUCAGCUUCAUAAUAAAUGGGUCUGUAAGAAAUGUUUGCACAAGCUUCUGUGUUUAGUUAAAACUGGUCUCAAGCUAGUUUUAUGUAGGUUGCAGAAAGCUGACAUGAUGGUUACAAGUUUGAUCAGAAUGUUCACAACCUGCACAUUGCUUCAGGGAUAAUAUACUUCAGUAAAAUGAAUAGCUAGUAUUUUUUAAAUGUCUAGCUAUAAAGCAUUCUUUAUCACUACUGCAUUUGUUUUUUAAAGUUGAUCUUCUGGUUAUUAUUUUGUUUAUAAACAAUUGAUUUAGAAUCAGAAUGUAUGUGUUGGUGAACUAAAAUAGUUUCUUGUUAUUGUUCUAGUUACUAUAUGUAAUGAUCUGAUUUAAUUAAUAAAUUAUUAAAUGAACACAU